UUAUUACUCCUCUCUCUCUCUCUCUUUCACUCAAGAGAGAAGGAAUUUCUUAGAAAAAAAAAACAAAUUAAUGAGAGAAAUUAAUUCAAAAAAAUCGGCAGCAGCAUAAUCCGACAAGGGUUUGGUGAGUAUCGGCGGUGGAUCCGACGGAGAUGGCAAAGACUAGUGUUUUCGAUUCGGAUCCGACGGCGAUUGCAAAGGCCAAGGAACUGAAGCGUGAGAUGAAGAAACUGCUGAGGAACAUCGAGGAAGAUGAUGAUUUUGGCGUUCAGACAAUCGAUCAGUUGCAGGAGGCUCUGUCUGCGUUUAAACAGGCGACCAUGAGGAAGAUGGCCAAAUCUUCUUCUCUGGAGAUGCUCGAGACCGUCUCUUGUCCUGAGGAGUUUCGUUGUCCUCUCUCCAACGACCUCAUGCGGGAUCCCGUCGUUUUGGCUUCUGGCCAGACAUACGACAAGUUAUUCAUCCAGAAAUGGUUAAGCUCAGGCAACAGAACAUGUCCCAAGACUCAGCAAGUUCUGCCUCACACAGCUUUGACUCCCAAUCUCUUAAUCCGUGAAAUGAUCUCAAAAUGGUGCAAGAAGGUUGGGCUCGAGACGACAAAUCAACAUCAUUCCAACCUUGUAAAUGAAGAGAAAGCUGUCACAAAAUCAGAUCGCGAGAUUUUCAGUUCCUUGCUCUGUAAAGUCUCGUCUUCGAAUCUUCAAGAUCAAAAAUCAGCUGCAAAGGAGCUAAGACUUCUGACCAAGAAAGGACCGGACUUCCGAGCUCUUUUUGGUGAACAUCCAGAUGAAAUCACCCGCUUAUUGAAUCCGUUGUUGCACGGAUCAAACCCAGAUGAGCAUAUUCAGGAAGAUGUGGUCACGACACUGUUGAACAUAUCCAUACAUGAUGACAGCAACAAGAAGCUCGUCUGCGAAAACCCUAAUGUGAUUCCUCUCCUGAUCGAUGCAUUGAGGCGUGGAACUGUAGCCACGAGAAGCAAUGCAGCUGCAGCGAUCUUCACUCUCUCUGCGCUCGAUUCGAACAAAGUGCUUAUAGGGAAAUCCGGAAUCUUGAAACCGCUUAUCGAUCUACUAGAUGAAGGGAAUCCGUUAGCUAUCAAAGACGUAGCUGCAGCGAUCUUCACUCUGUGUAUUGCCCAUGAAAACAGGAGUAGAGCCGUCAAGGACGGGGCUGUUAGGGUUUUAGGUAAGAAAAUCUCAAAUGGGUUGUACGUUGAUGAGCUUUUAGCUAUUUUGGCAAUGCUUGUUACUCACUGGAAGGCUGUGGAGGAAUUGGGUGAGCUCGGUGGGGUUUCUUGGUUGCUGGAGAUAACUCGAGAGAGCGAGUGCAAGCGGAACAAAGAGAACGCGAUUGUGAUACUGCAUACGAUAUUCAGCGACAGGACGAAGUGGAAGGAGAUCAAAGAAGAGGAGAAUACUCAUGGAACGAUAACAAAGCUUGCGCGUGAAGGAACGUCAAGGGCACAGAGGAAAGCAAAUGGGAUCUUGGAUCGACUGAGAAAAGCUAUGAACCUCACUCACACUGCCUGAGAGAAUGCCUUUAAACAUCCGCAAUGUAAAUUAUCUAAAUCUUUGCUCUUUUGUUUUAUCUGUGUUCUUUCUUUCUUUGGCUUUCAUAAUUUUUGUAAAUUAUUCAUAUCUCUAGGAGCUGAAUAAUAUUAUAUAUGGUUUCCGUAUAUGAGGUUGUAAGUAGAAAUCUGUGUGAAUAGUUUUUUCCGGGGAAUCAAUAAAAAUCAAUGUUGGCUUUA